GAAAAGGGUUCAUUGCCCAUUCCUAUCCUGUCACUUUCUCUCAGUCAUCUCUCACCGGUUCACCGAUCAAGAUCAACGACCCCACAAGAGGACAAGUGUCUAGCUGUUUGCUGUUAAUAUCGAAACGUGUCCAGGACAUAUAUACAAUGCCGAACGGAAUAGCUUGCGGAGAAAUCCAGGUCAUUUUUGGCCCUAUGUUUUCUGGAAAGACCACAGAGUUGAUUCGACGGUUGAAACGGUACCAAAUUGCCAAAUACCGUUGCCUGAUUCUUAGAUACGCCAGAGAUGUCCGAUAUAGUACUACGGGUAUAGCCACACAUGACAAGCAAGAGCUUCCUGCAGUGUCUGCUGAAAAGUUGUCAACAGUCAGACAUUUUGCCGAUGAUGUGAAUGUCAUAGGUAUUGACGAAGGACAAUUUUUUCCUGAUUGUGUUGACUUUGCUGAAGAAAUGGCUAAUGCUGGUAAAAUUGUUAUUGUGGCUGCUUUGGAUGGUGACUUUCAGCGGAUUGGCUUUGGAGACAUUUUACGGCUUAUACCUUUGGCUGAAAGUGUUGUGAAACUAAAAGCAGUCUGCAUGGCAUGCUUUAGUGAUGCUUCAUUUACAAAACGGACAUCCUUAGAAAAAGAGCUAGAGAUUAUUGGUGGAGAAGACAAGUACAUGGCUGUUUGCCGUCGGUGUCACCUCUCUGUAUCUACUAUCACUCCCUCCAAAUUUCCAUUAUCCGAACGCACCAAUAACAAGCUAACACCUUCUAAAAUGGAAGAGCACUUAAAAGUAAAACGUGACUUGUCUAAUGCCUUGAAAAUGGAUGCAAUGGAUGUGGAGAACUGCAACUUUGCAUGAUUAUGGCCAAUGCAUGGCCCAUUGUUAGUUGUGUGAUAGGAAUUAAUUAAUUUUUAUAUUCAUACUCCCUGUAUUAUUGCAAAGCAAACCUGCUAGAUUCUUAAUUUUAUAUUAUAUAUGAGGACUUCAAUUUAUUUUGAUUUUGUCUUUACUUUUGCUGUGUGUUACCUCAAUUUGUUGUUGAUAAUAUUCCCAGCAAAUAAUAAGUGCAAUAGAAUUAAUAGCAUACAUUUAUUUUUUAUUCUGUCUUAAAAUAAAAAUCUUAUUAUCUAUAUGAA